GAAAGAAACUCUAUAAGUGUAAAGAAUGCGGGAAAGCCUUCACUAGAAACUCAGUUCUUACUUAUCAUCUGAGAAUUCACACUGGAGAGAAGCCCUACAAGUGUGACGUAUGUGGCAAGGCCUUUUUUAUGCACUCCAUACUUAAUAAGCACCAGAAAAUUCACAUCAGAGGGAAACCCUACAAAUGUGGUGUGUGUGGCAAGGCCUUUUCUAUGCCUUCCACACUUACUAACCACCAGAAAAUUCACACCGGAGAGAAACCCUACAAGUGUUCUAUAUGUGACAAGGCCUUUUCUAUGCCUUCCACACUUACUAACCACCAGAAAAUUCACACCGGAGAGAAACCCUAUGAGUGUGAAGUAUGUGGCAAAAAGUUUUCCAGUCGUGCAGACUUUACAAAACACCAAAGAGUUCAUACUGGAGCGAAACCAUACAAGUGUGAAGAAUGUAAAAAACCCUUUAGUAAUCUUUCAGCCCUUAGUAGACAUAAAGUUGUUCAUACUGGAGAGAAACGCUUUACCUGUGAACAGUGUGGCAAAGCCUACAGUAGGAGUCACCACCUUAGGCGGCACCAGAAAGCUCACACCGGACAGAAAUCCUACAAAUGCAAAGAAUGUGGCAAAAUGUUUUACUAUGCUUCAGACCUUAAAAGACAUCACAGAAUUCAUUCUGAAGAGAGACCCUAUGAGUGUAAGGAAUGUGGCAAAGCCUUUCCCAGUCCUUCCGACGUUACUCAGCAUGCAAGAACCCAUAAGAGAAUCAAGCAGUACACCUGUGAAGUGUGCGGAAAUGGUGUCAUUCAGUGACGUGGCCAUUGAUUUCUCUGCAGAGGAAUGACUGGGCCCUGAUCAGUGGAAUUUGUACUGGGUUGUGAUGUUGGAAAGAGUUUCAACAACUUUGUG